UAGUUUGAAUACCUACCGGAUGAAAAUACGAUGGAAAUAUUCGUCAGGUUAAUACCUGCUAUUGCUUUUGACAGAAAUAUUCGCAUGACUCGUCAUUUCAGCUUUCAGCUUUCGAGAGGAUCUAAAAUGCAACUCAGAACGCAAGAGACCAUAAGGAGCUGAACAUCUCUUUUAUCUCAAUCUGCUAAAGUCUGUCUUUCCAGAUUCAUUCGUUCAUCAAAAUGCAAUGUUUGAAUCAAUCAUCACUUGUCACUUCCAGAUGGACUGCCCCCAUUCCUUUUAGCUCCCUGCCAUAUUUUGUGUUUGGUGCUCCGCAUGAAAAUCUCGGCUCAAAGAAGUUGAUUAUCGAUACGCUCCGCCCAGAUGACCGAUCUUUGUCCUUAGCAGAAUACCGCGAUCUCUCUGUUCGCAUUGCGGUGGGUCUAAGACGACUAGGGGUCCAACCCAAGGAUCGAAUUUUAUGUCUUUCAGGUAAUGCAAUAGCAUACCCGGCCCUUUUGAUGGGCACCAUUAUGGCGGGCUGUAUUUUUGUACCUGGACAGCCUAGUUACGGUCAUUCAGAAUUGGAAAGACUGCUCACAGUUGCGAAGCCCUCGGUAAUCUUGACUCAACGGGCGCAUCUAGAUAUCCUGUCGGAGGCUGAAGGUAAAGUUUCUUGCCCAGCCUUAGAGAGGAAAUCGAUUUUCAUUUUUGAUGAUGACAUUCUUGAUAGCACGGGUAGAUCAUUCCUCAAUGUACCUCACUGGAAGGAUAUGGUGGGCUCUAUAGACGAGAGGAACUGGGAGUAUCCCAAUGUUAAAUCCUCGCUUGAUUACAACAGUACCAUUGUCAUAAUGUUCACAUCAGGUACAACCGGGCAUCCAAAAGGUGUUGAGAUUUCUCAUCGCAACUAUAUCUCAGCUGCCGAAAGCUAUAUGCAGCGAGUAUCUCUCCACCCUGACUGGCAGCAGUCGAUGAAAAAUAUAGGCACGGGUAUCAAUAAGAUUCGUGUUUUAGGAGCGCUCGGAAUGCACCAUAUUCUUGGUCAAAGAUCCUAUAGUGUUAUCUUCCCAAAGCUUGGAGUUCCGCUAUAUCUCCUGUGCCAGCCAAGUGUGCAGAAUAUCUUGAACGCCGUGGAAACUUUUAAGAUUUCUGACGCAAUCAUUAGGAGUUCCAUGCUUACUGAAAUUGCGAAAGCACCUGCUUGUAAUCUUGAAGAAAAGUUACGUUCUCUGAAGAGAGUGGAGGCAUCUGCAGCUCCAAUGGGACAGUUAACCAAAACAAUACUGGAGCAAAUAGGCGUCGGGAGAGUUACCCGAGUCUGGGGAUUGACCGAACUUGGAUUGAUCACCGGUCAUGAUAUGAUGGCUUGCUCGCCGUCUGAAUCCGUUGGGGAACUCCACGCCAACUUUGAGGGUAAGGUAACGGAUACCAGUGAGCGUAGCCGGAUCGUGAACCGUAACACCAUUGGUGAUAUUUGGAUCCGUGCGCCUAGCCUUAGCACAGGAUACUAUCAUAAUCCAGAGGCUACCUGUGAAGCUUAUGGAGCCGAUGGGUGGUUCUCUACCGGAGACGUCGGAUAUGUUGAUGAACAUGGAAUGUGGUAUAUUGUGGAUCGUAAAAAAGAUUUGAUCAAAGUGAAUGGAAACCAUGUAGCACCAACUGAACUGGAAGCCGUGCUACUUCGUCAUCCAAAAAUCGUGGAUGCUGGAAUCAUCGGCGUAGCUGUGUACCAAGAUGAAGGACCACGUGCAUAUAUUGUAACCGCCCCUGAAUCGGCACUUUCCGCUACUGAAGUUAAUCAUUUCAUGGCCGAUAAGAUUGCCCCAUAUAAGUAUCUUUCUGGAGGCAUCUCGUUCAUUCCAAGUAUCCCGCGGAAUUUGAGCGGAAAAAUCAUGCGUGAACAGCUGCGAGAACUGGCGAAGAUGGAACUCGGUUACUCUAAAGGGCACUACCAUGGAAUACACGCAGUGUCCACUGGGCUCGCCUCUCUUUAAUCUCUUGCAUAGAUGCUUUCAAGUGAGGGAAGGGGCGGUAGAUUGUGUCGGCCUGCAGGCUCCAGGCUCCAGGCUCUAGAGUCUAGUAGUAUUAUAUUUUUGGAAGAAACAUAUGUAGAUGAGAAUCGCGAUUCGUUACCACUCAGUAUCAAAACGCCAGAAACUUUUCAUCAAGCUUGCGUCACCCGUUGUGGGUGUCUUCUUUUGUCUGGAACAUCGUGAGAAGAUACGAGCGGAUACUCAAAGCUCACUCUUUUAUUUAAAUUCUGAUCCAUUUCUGGUGAAGAAUUCCCUCUGAACUGUUCCGUCUCGAAAUAGCAGAGGAAUAGUAGCUACCAAUGAGCAAACACAACAGCUUACAGUUAACAAAGUUUCCACCGACAGGUAUAGAAUACAGGACCAAUAUAAACGAAAAGAAGUCGAACCGUUGAGGGAAUAGGAUAGGACCAAAUAUCGAGCCCCUCAUUCGCACGACGUUCAGCUAUAUUUGACAAAUACUGAUUGACCGAUGCUUACCAACCAGCAGGCACUCGACCCGGGUUCACCUUCCUUCACGAUAUUGAUGAUUAUACAUGCAACCUGAUCUUGAAAUACUGCAGUGCAG